AUGCGUGGAGAUGUGGCGAUAUUGGAGGAGAAAAUUUCGUCUCUCUAUAGCUAUAACGAUGGAAUAAGUGGCAUCGUGUCAUCACCAAUCCAGGAUUCAGUAUCCACCGCAAUCCCAAUCCCAAUCCCAAUCCGGCCGCCGGACUAUUCCUGCAGUUUAAGGAAACUCAAGUUCGUCAAGGACCCAUCAGGCAUCAAGAUUCUUCACUCUUGCAAUGGCCUCUUACUCUGUUCAAGCUUCAAGACCUCUCAUCACAAUCGGAAGUACUAUGUUUACAAUCCGACCACCAAUAAGUUUGUCCUACUUCCCAAACCAGAAUUGGGAGGCGAGAUAUGUGGGAUGAGCUUGGCUUUUGAUCCAAUUAACUCCCCUCAUUACAAAGUUAUUAGUAUCACGGACCAUAACCAGUGCCAAUUGAAGAUUUAUUCAUCAGAAACGGGCUCAUGGAGAAAUCACGGGCAGCCCCCACAAGUCGGGGUAGAUUUCGAAAAUGGGGUGUAUUGGAAUGGAGCCAUUCACUGGACAAGCAAUGAAAAUAGAAAUGAUUCUCUAUAUUUCAAUGUUGAUAAUCAGUUGUUUGGGACAAUGCCAAUUCCUCCUGCUGGCUGGCGUUGUGUGAACAAUUAUUAUUUCGGAGAGUCCUGUGGACACUUGCACUAUAUCAAGGUGAUGGAGCCGAGCUUGCAAUUUAAGGUGUACGAGAUGAGGAGGGACUAUUCUGGGUGGUUUGUUAAGUACGAGGUCAAUCUUUUGCCUCUUUUAAAGGCUUAUCCAAGUAUUAAGCGACAUGGUGUUGGCCCAACAAGUUCGUCUCGCUUUGCAUUUUCUAUACUUUGUUUAGUUCGAGGAGAGAAGGAGGAAGGUUCGUUUUUGGUUGUGCAGAUUCCUGGAAAAGCCGUUAGGUAUAAUCUCGUUUGUGGGACUUUCGAUGUGCUGUACGAGUUCGCGGGUGUUAAUUCACCAGGCAAGGUCCCAAGAACAAAUGAAUCGGAUUCAGCUCAAACUGUUUUCUCAAUAGACGAUCUCUUAAUUGCGAUUUUCCUUUGCCUCCCGAUAAAGGACCUCGUUCAAUUAAGACGAGUUUCAAAGCAGUGGCAUCGUCUCAUCAGCAAUCCAAGAUUCAGUAUCCAGCGCAAUCCCAUUCCCAAUCCGGCCGCGGGGAUCUUCCUUCAGUGUGUGCACUAUGUGGCCCGUCUUCGGAUAGAAUACGUCCCUUUCACGGGCCUCGAAUCCACCAAGCCACAGUUACGUAAACUGAAGUUCGUCAAGGACCCAUACGGCAUCAAGAUCCUCCACUCUUGCAAUGGCCUCUUACUCUGUUCAAGCUUCAGGGCUCGUGAUAGCAAUCUGAAGUACUAUGUUCACAAUCCCACCACCAAUAAGUUUAUUCUACUUCCCAAACUAGACUCGGUGGGUAUAUGUGGGAUGAGCUUGGCUUUUGAUCUAAUCAACUCUCCUCAUUACAAAGUUAUUUGCGUCCGACGGGAAUCGGGCUGUAAGCAGUGCCAAUUGGAGGUUUAUUCAUCGGAAACGGGCUCUUGGAGAAAUCACGGGCAGACCCCACAAGUCGGGGUAGAUUUUGAAAAUGGGGUGUAUUGGAAUGGAGCCAUUCACUGGACUAGCAAUGGAACUGGAAAUGAUUCUCUAUAUUUCAAUGUUGAUAAUCAGUUGUUUGGGACAAUGCCAAUUCCUCCUGCCGGCUGGGAUUGUGCAGACGAUGACGAUGAUGAUUUCGGAGAGUCUUGUGAGGACGAUUAUUAUUUGGGAGAGUCUUGUGGACACUUGCACUAUAUCAAGGGGAUUGGGCGGAUCUUGCAAUUUAAGGUGUACGAGAUGAGGAGGGACUAUUCUGAGUGGUUUGUUAAGUACGAGGUCAAUCUUUUGCCUCUUUUAAAGGCUUAUCCAAGUGUUUGCCCAAUAAGUUCGUCUCGCUACGCAUUUUCUAUACUUUGUUUAGUUCGAGGUGAGAAGGAGGAAGGUUCGUUUUUGGUUGUUCAGAUUCCUGGAAAAGCCGUUCGGUAUAAUCUCGUUUGUGGGACUUUCGAUAUGCUGUACGAGUUCGCGGGUGUUAAUUCAGCAGGUCGUUUGAGGUAUUCGGGUGCGGAUGCAUUUCAAUACGUUGAGACCCUUUGUUGUGUUUAG